AUGACUGUUAAAUACCAAUCUCGUCUUUUCUCCUCUGGUGGAUAUAACUGGAGACUGAUCAUAUACCCAAAAGGGAACGCAGAAGACAAUGGGAGUGGAUUUAUUUCCAUGUACGUGGAAAUAGAUAGCGAAAGCUUGAUGCCACCUACAGAGGUUUGUGCGGAACUUCGUUUCUUUGUCUAUAACAAGAGAGAAAACAAGUACUUAACUAUUCAAGAUGUAGAAGUAAAGCGGUUCAAUGCACUUAAAACGGUGUGGGGGUUGCAGCAAGUUCUUCCAUGUGUUACAUUCAACAACCCUGAAAACGGAUAUAUCUUCCAGGGAGGUCAAUGUGAGUUUGGUGUUGAUGUCAUUGUUGCUCCAUCUCUUACUAACUGGGAAGUCUUCUCUUUUACUGAGAAAUUCCCUGAUCCUAAGUUCUGUUGGGCUAUAAAGAAUUUUUCUGAGUUGAAAGAAAAUGUGAUCAAGACAUCAAAAAGUUUUUCAAUGGGAGGAAAGAAAUGGUUCCUAAAGCUGUAUCCAAAGGGGCACUCUAGAAUGAUACGGAUAAACCAAAAGCUGAUGAGAAGAUUUUCGUGCAAGCAAAUCUCCGAAUUCUUAACCCACUUGGAACCAAUCACUUUGAAUACCCAUACCCAUUGGAAAUAUGGUACACAGAACAAAACGCAGCUUGGGGUUGGUCUCCGUUUUUAUCUUUACCUGAACUUCGAUAUGUUUACUUGGACAAGGAAGGCGAGCUGA